UGAUGACCACUUCACAACAACUGAUCUUAACCCGUUCGUGUUUGUAACUUUUUAAAACCCUAGCUCUCUGCUACCCUGGUUAUCUUGGGUUCCUCUCGUUCCUUGGUUCAGAUCACCGAGCUACUCUGCAAGCAGAUCUGUGUGAGACAAAAUGGCGGUUCCGUUGCUAAGCAAGAAAAUAGUGAAGAAGCGUGUCAAAAAGUUCAAGAGGCCCCAGAGCGACAGGAAAAUUUGUGUUAAGCCCAACUGGAGAAGGCCCAAGGGUAUCGAUUCCCGUGUAAGGAGAAAGUUCAAAGGAUGUGCCUUGAUGCCAAAUAUCGGUUAUGGUUCAGACAAGAAGACCCGUCACUAUCUCCCUAAUGGAUUCAAGAAAUUUGUUGUGAACAAUGUCAAGGAGCUGGAACUUCUGAUGAUGCACAACAGGACUUACUGUGCUGAGAUAGCACACAAUGUAUCAACCCGGAAGCGAAAGGAGAUCGUUGAGCGGGCUGCGCAGUUGGAUGUUGUUGUUACCAACAGAACAGCCAGGUUGCGUAGCCAAGAGGAUGAGUGAUUGAUUGUGGGUACCAAUCAAGUUUUUAUUUUUCUUUGUUGUCAUCUUUAUUGGCUUGACAAUUUUGGAACUUGUUGGUAAAUCUUUUCUGCAACGAUUGUAUUAUGGAUUACUUGGUGGAGCUAUGGAGUUUUUUCACCCGAGUUAUGUUGGUUUGACA